UGGCGGGGGGCGGGGUGGCCGGGCCUGGGAGCGUGAGGCUGAAAUUGACAGUCACCCCUGGCAGGAGAGUGAGCCUGCGGCUUUCUGUCUCCAUCAGACCCCGGCCCCGCGGGAGCAGAUUUCCGUGGCGUUUGAACUCCUAUCUCAGGAAACCGAAGCACAAGGUGUGAGUAGCAUGGUCACGUGCAGGAGCGAUGAGCGGCUCCGGCAACCUCAUGGACUUUCUGGAUGAGCCAUUCCCCGACGUGGGGACGUACGAGGACUUCCACACCAUCGACUGGCUGAGGGAGAAGUCGCGGGACACCGACAGGCACAGAAAGAUCACCAGCCGGAGCAAGGAGUCCGUGUGGGAGUUCAUCAAGGGCCUGCUGGACGCCUGGUCGGGAUGGGUGGUCAUGCUGCUCAUCGGGCUGCUGGCGGGCACCUUGGCCGGGGUCAUCGACCUGGCCGUGGACUGGAUGACCGACCUGAAGGAGGGCAUCUGCCUGUCCGCCUUCUGGUACAGCCACGAGCAGUGCUGCUGGACCUCCUCCGAGACCACGUUUGAGGACAGGGACAAGUGCCCGCUGUGGCAGAAGUGGUCGGAGCUGCUGGUCAAUCGCUCGGAGGGUGCCAGCGCCUACAUCCUGAACUACCUGCUGUAUGUCCUGUGGGCCUUGCUCUUUGCGUUCUUGGCCGUCUCCCUGGUGCGCGUGUUUGCGCCCUACGCCUGUGGCUCAGGUAUCCCCGAGAUAAAGACCAUCCUGAGCGGCUUCAUCAUCAGGGGCUACCUGGGCAAGUGGACCCUGCUGAUCAAGACCGUGACCCUGGUGCUGGUGGUGUCCUCGGGCCUGAGCCUCGGGAAGGAAGGGCCGCUGGUGCACGUGGCUUGUUGCUGCGGCAACUUCUUCAGCAGCCUCUUCUCCAAGUACAGCAAGAACGAGGGCAAGAGGCGCGAGGUACUUUCAGCCGCGGCUGCUGCCGGGGUCUCCGUUGCGUUUGGUGCUCCGAUUGGCGGCGUGCUCUUCAGCCUGGAGGAGGUCAGCUACUACUUCCCCCUGAAGACCUUGUGGCGGUCCUUCUUCGCGGCCCUGGUGGCGGCCUUCACGCUGCGCUCCAUCAACCCCUUUGGGAACAGCCGCCUCGUUCUCUUCUACGUGGAAUAUCACACGCCCUGGUACAUGGCCGAGCUCUUCCCCUUCAUCCUGCUGGGCGUCUUCGGGGGCUUGUGGGGCACCCUCUUCAUCCGCUGCAACAUCGCCUGGUGCCGGAGGCGCAAAACCACCCGGCUGGGCAAGUACCCGGUGCUGGAGGUCAUUGUGGUGACUGCCAUCACCGCCAUCAUCGCCUACCCCAACCCCUACACGCGCCAGAGCACGAGCGAGCUCAUUUCCGAGCUGUUCAAUGACUGUGGGGCCCUCGAGUCCUCCCAGCUCUGCGACUACAUCAACGACCCCAACAUGACCCGGCCCGUGGAUGACAUUCCCGACAGGCCGGCCGGGCGUGGGGUGUACACGGCCAUCUGGCAGCUGGCCCUGGCGCUGGUCUUCAAGAUCGUCAUCACCAUCUUUACCUUCGGCAUGAAGAUCCCGUCUGGCCUCUUCAUCCCCAGCAUGGCCGUGGGGGCCAUGGCGGGCAGGAUGGUGGGCAUCGGCGUGGAGCAGCUGGCGUACCAUCACCACGACUGGAUCAUCUUCAGGAACUGGUGCCGGCCCGGAGCGGACUGCGUCACCCCGGGACUCUACGCCAUGGUGGGAGCAGCGGCCUGCCUAGGUGGCGUGACCAGGAUGACGGUGUCAUUGGUGGUCAUCAUGUUUGAAUUAACGGGGGGUCUGGAGUACAUUGUCCCCUUGAUGGCGGCAGCUGUGACCAGCAAGUGGGUGGCCGACGCCUUUGGGAAGGAAGGCAUCUAUGAGGCCCACAUCCACCUCAACGGGGAAGAGACCGACUACAACGGCUUCCCGGUGGUGGUGUCCCGGGACUCCGAGCGCCUCAUCGGAUUCGCCCAGAGGAGGGAACUGAUUCUCGCCAUAAGUGAGUAG